AUGACUAACAUUCCGGCUGUGAUUGCUUUGUUUCUGACAACAUUAUGCGUAACAGCGCCUUUAAAAUCUCUUUUGGAUAAUCUCGAAGAUGGACAUCCGGUCUGCUCCAAAGACUUCGAGGAGGACGAAACUAUGGCCGAUUUUCGGCAAUUUGCCUACGCUCCUGAUGAGGUCGAACGUUUCUUGGGAAAAAAGCUGGUAUGA